AUGCCCACCGUGGACGACAUACUGGAGCAGGUUGGGGAGUUCGGCUGCUUCCAGAAGCAAGCCUUCCUUACCCUGUGCCUGCUCUCUGUACUCUUCGCCCCCAUCUAUGUGGGCAUCGUCUUCCUGGGCUUCACUCCCGACCACCGCUGCCUGAGCCCUGGGGUGGCUGAGCUGAGCCAUCGCUGUGGCUGGAGCCUGGCCGAGGAGCUCAACUACACGGUGCCAGGCCUGGGGGCUCCAGAUGAAGCCUUCCUCCACCAGUGCCGGCGGUAUGAGGUGGACUGGAACCAGAGCACCCUUGGCUGCCAGGACCCGCUGGCUGGUCUGGUCCCCAAUAGGAGCUACCUGCCGCUGGGCCCCUGUCGUGAUGGCUGGGUAUACGACACACCCGGCUCCUCCAUUGUCACUGAG